CAUAAAUGUUUCUUUCAAGAAAUUUAGCGAAGCUUCCUCUCAGAAACAGCAGCAUAAUAAGCCGUCAAGGACAAAGACCAGUCGUUUCCUUUGUAAAGUCAAGAUUUAUGGAGGCUUUUCAGCUGGAAAAACCUUUAGAUCCAGCCCUGAUACACUCUUUGGAGAAUCUGUAUCUGAUGCCUUAUCCUGAUGCAGUGCAAAACAGUGAGAAUUACAAGAUUGCAGUGAUGGGCGGAGGUAUUUCUGGUCUGGUCUCUGCUUUUUACACGAGGAAAUAUUUCCCAUUCGCAGAUAUCACACUUUAUGAGAAAGAUAAGAACCUUGGAGGUUGGAUGAGCACUAUUUGAUUUGAUAAGUUCGUUCAUGAGCUUGGACCUCGUAGUGUCAGGAAUAAUGCUAUGGCAGUUGAAAUUUUGAAUGUUUUAGAUGAACUCAAGAUUCUUGAUAGAGUUAUCAAAGACAAACCCCGUACAAUGAAAAUUAAUAUUGUUCAGGAUGAGACUCUAAAGACUGCCCAGCUGAAGAAAUGGAAGCUUGUUUGGAAAUUUUUGCAAAUUAAACUGAAAUACUCUCUCGAUAAAAAUAUCCAGAAAAACACACAUGAAAAUGACCUUACAGUCAAAGAGUUCAUGAAGCAAUUUACGAAGGAAGAUGAUAAAUUUGUGACCCAUUCAAUUGACCCUUUCCUUAGCGGAAUUUGGGCUGGAAAAAUCUCAGAACUUUCUGCUAAAAGUGCUCUUCAUGUGAUGAUGACCUUCUUGGCAGAUGAUAGAAUUUCUUCAUUUCCAAAGGCUAAGCCAAGAUCCAAGAGAGUCAAAAGAUAUCAGAGAUACCUCAAAGGUAAGGAACUCCUUCUCUGGGUUUACCCGUAUAGGCGCUAGUGCCUUUGUAAUGAAAUCAGGAUUUGCAGAUCU